AUGAUAAAGCUAUUACUAUGUUUGAUUUAUUUUAUCUUAUUGAAGCACAUUAACACUUCUUAGAUCGACGGCUCUUUUUAACCAUGCUAAGAUUAUUUAGUUUCUGCAAUUAAUUAAAUUAUUAUAGAUAAAAAUAUAACAGAGAGUUCUAUUUUUUAGACAUUAUAAUUUUCAAGUAGGACUUGGAACGAUUAAGGAGAUGUUGAAGGAUGUAUAAACUAAGAAAACAUGGCUUUUGUUGAGAUGACUUACUAAUUAUCAGAUGGAGAACUCUAUAGAGGUCUAUGCUUGAAAAGCGUUUGUAACCAUUAAAUAUUAGAAGAAAAUAAAUAGAUUCUGCAGGAAUUCAGUAAUGAAUUUAGUUUAGGAAUUAACUUUACUUAGAUAACAUUCAGUGGAAAUAAGCCAAUUUACCCUACUACUUCUUCAGCUGCAUUUAUCGUUAUGGCUACUGUUUUGUGCAUAAUUGCUUUCUUUAAUUUAGUUAGCAUUUUCAUAAAUACAUAUAAUUAAGUUAUUAAAAGGAGACCUAAUACUAGCUUAAUUAGUUCUACUGUUUCUGAAUGCUAGUAGAAUUCAUCUUCUUAGCAAAGAUAGUUUAUCGCAUCUCAAAUUAUAUCCUAAUUUAACUUUAUAGGUCAUCUUUAGAAAGUAUUUAUUUUAAAAUCUAAUAAUGAAGAUCUCAACAUUUUUAAUGGAAUACGUACAUUUUCAUUUUUAUAGGUUAUUUUAGGACAUGAGUUUUUUUCUCGCUUAAGUUAUAUGCAAAAUCCAUAAGACUUGCAAAUAAUUGUAAAGGACAACCCAAUUUUUUUGUUUAUCUCCAGUUGUCUUUUUUCUGUUGAUGUCUUCUUUUUACUUGGUGGAUUCUUCGUAUCUUAUGUAGCUGCUGAUGCUAAGCUCUUAAAUAACUUUAACUUAAAAGAUCCUAUUAAGGCAUUUUCUUGUUAUUUUCUUGCUUUAGUAAACCGUAUUGUGCGAAUUUUACCUACAUAUUUCGUAGCUUUAAUGAUUUUUUGGAAAUUAGUACCUUACUUCGGCUAGUCUCCUACAUGGUAGAGAUAUAUUAUUCAUGCUGGAGAAUGUGAUGAUAUAUGGUGGUAAAAGCUAUUAUUCAUUGAUAAUCUGAUUAAACCUAAAUCGAAAUGCUUUGGUUGGGGUUGGUAUCUUUCAAAUGAUUUAUAGAUGUACUUAUUCUCUAUGAUUUUAAUAAUGAUCUAUGCAACUAAUAAAAGAAUAGGUAAGUGGUGUAUAGCAUUAAGUGUUAUUAUAUUUUGCGCUGUUAGUAUUUGGUUGUCAUUUAAAUAUAAUCUUUUAAUUCCCGUUAAUGCAUAAACCUUUGCUCUAAAUAUAGGUGACAACUAUUAUUACAAACCUUGGGCUAGGUGUCCUCCAUAUUUAUUUGGUCUUUUAUUUGGAAUUUUUUACAAGGAAUACCAAAUCGACAAACAAAAUUAAACUAAAUUUUCUUUUUUUUCUCAGAUUUCCAAUACAAUUGGACAUACAUAUUUCAAAUUUUUUAUCUAUUUGAUUGGUUUAGGAAUUAUUUUUACUUUUAUUUGGGCUCCUUUACCUCUUUUAUAAAACGGAUCUGACUAUUGGUCUUCAAAUAUUUAGCAUACAUGGUAAGGAGUUGUGAGAUUGUUUUACACUAUUGGUGUGUGUUUAGUGUGCAUGCCUGCUAUAUUUGGUUCUAAAGAUCUUAUAGUAUAAAUACUUUCAUGCAAAUUAUUUGCUUUACUGGCUCGUUUUUCUUUUUCAGGAUACUUGAUUCAUUAUAUCAUUAUUGCAUUUAAUCUUUGGAAUUCAUAUGAUGCAAUGUACUUUUCUUUCUCUGAAUUAUUUUAUCACUUUUUAGGUGUCACUAUGAUAGUGCUUUUAUUUGGCUUGUUAUUGCACUUAGCAGUAGAAUAACCUGUUGUAGGAUUGUCCAAUAUCAUAUUUAAUGGAAAAAGGAACUCUAAUAACCAAAGGACAGACUCUAAAUAGUCAUUAAAUUCAAGAACAAUAACUCAACCAUUUUUAAAAAAUUAUUUAGAUUCUACUUUAAGCACUGAUCAAAAUAAGUAGAGCUAAAUUGCCUUCUAUGAAAAGCAAGAACUUAACUAAAAUGUUUAAAAUAACAAAAACUAAUUUUGA